GGGGGCGUGCAUACGAGCGGCGAAGCUCCAGAUGAAGGCGCAUGCGCACUGGAUUGUUUUGACUGAAAAUGCCGUCGAGUUCGAAAACGGCGGCCAAUGCGUCUCCUCAAACUGAGCACCCGACCCACUAUACCUAUUUGAAGGAGUUCAGGACAGAGCAGUGCCCGCUGUUCCUGCAGCACAAGUGCACGCAGCACAGACCAUUUACGUGCUUCCACUGGCAUUUUCUCAACCAGAGGCGGCGGCGGCCCAUCCGCCGGAGGGACGCCAGCUUCAACUACAGCCCCGACGUUUACUGCACCAAAUACGACGAGACCACAGGCAUUUGCCCUGAUGGAGACGAUUGUCCUUAUUUACACCGGACCACGGGCGACACGGAACGCAAGUACCACCUGCGCUAUUACAAGACGGGCACGUGCAUCCACGAGACUGACGCCCGGGGCCACUGCGUGAAGAAUGGCCUCCACUGCGCGUUUGCCCACGGCCCGCACGAUCUCCGACCUCCCGUCUAUGAUAUGAGAGAGAUCCAAGCGCAAGAUGCGCUUCAGAACGGGCAGCUGGGCUCCGGCGAGGGGAUUCCCGACCUGCAGCCCGGCGUGUUAGCCAGCCAAGCCAUGAUCGAGAAGAGUCUGACGGAGGAUCCCAGGUGGCAAGACACCAACUUUGUUUUAGCGAACUACAAAACGGAGCAGUGCAUCAAGCCGCCCAGGCUGUGCAGGCAGGGCUACGCUUGUCCGCACUACCACAACAGUCGAGACCGCAGGCGCAAUCCGCGGAAGUACAAGUACAGGUCGACCCCAUGCCCCAGUGUGAAACACGGCGACGAAUGGGGCGAGCCCUUCAAGUGUGACAGCGGCGACACUUGCCAGUAUUGCCACUCGCGCACGGAGCAGCAGUUUCACCCGGAGAUCUACAAAUCCACCAAGUGCAACGACAUGCGGCAAACCGGGUACUGUCCCCGGGGGCCCUUCUGUGCCUUUGCACACGUAGAAAGAAUCCCCUCUGGCGAGGAUACCAUGAGCUCGUUGUUAACGGCGAUACAUUCCGGCUCCCAUUCCCAGCCGGCUUCUCAGCAGUAUUCCGAGUGUCCGGUCAGCGAGUGGACGACGGCCGUCGGGUCCAACAGCAGCAAUGGCCAAGUGGCGAGUACCCAAAACAGCGUCUUUUGCGCGGUCAACCCCUUGGUGUCGGGCUUCACCUCCAGCAUAACCUCCAGCUUGGCCUCCAGCGUUGGCUCGGACAACUCCUCCCCGACCACCUUGUCCACCAUGAACGUAAAGGCCACCCCGUUCUACCCAGGGAGCAACACGGUGGAGUCGGUCAUCGGAUCCGCUCUGGACCUCAACUUUAGCGACAUUAACGUGGCGUCGCUCGAUAAGGAGCUGGAAGAACAAGACGUCGGACUAGAAAGUCAAAGGAUGCUCGGUGUCUCAGCCCCGGUCAACAUUCCAGGCUCGCUGGCGCGCUCGUCGUCCUUCAAUUCCUCCUCGUCGCUGUCCACCUCGCCGCUUAGCUCGCUGUCGCAGUCGCAGUCCCUGCUGUCCGCGGUUUCGCAUCACAACCACACGGCGAACAUGCUGGCCAAGCAGGAGCACAGCCUGCUGGGAACGCCGACGUCUUCGUCCCAGAACUCCUUAGGCUUGAACGGCGCCAGCAGCAUCUGGGACUUCGUGAGCGGCAGCUUCUCGCAGAGUCCGUCGCCUGUCUUCAGCAGCCUGACGUCCGCGGCGGGCGGCUGCAGUGGCGACGCGUCGCGUCUCUUUCGGGAGCUGGACGAGGCCAAGAGGAAGAUCAAACAGUGGGAGGACGCCUGGCACCAGGUCAAACAGGCAUGCGAAACGUGCCAGAAAGAUGCCCACGAAGCCAAGGAACAAGCCAAGGCGGCGGAGGCCGAGCGCCAGCUGGCCGAGCAGAAACGGGACGAUACGGAGCGCAAGUUGAAGGACCUCCGGGGUAACUUCGACGCUCUGUGCCGGGCGCCCGGAACGCCGCUCCUGCGCAGCUACGGCGAGCUGGACCAGCUGCCCCUGUCCAAGCUGCACUCGCUCAAGAACCAGCUGCGCAACGACCUCGACCUCAUCGACGGGGUAAGGAAAGAACACAUCGCCCUCGUGCGCGCCGCAAGUGCAUUGGGUACGCCGCGUGACGUCACAUGUCUAUCUGUUCUCCCCUUAACAGGUGAUUUAUUUACUUCAGUCAAAGAAAUGUGUAGUUUGCCAAAAGCACGACCGGAGCAUUGUGCUGCAGCCAUGCCAACAUUACGUUCUAUGCGAGAGCUGCGCGCCCAGCAAAGCCGAAUGUCCCUACUGUCGAACAAAAAUACUCAAGUGGUGAUGUAUGCUCACACGCGAGAGGUUCUAUGUAGAAAAAAAACAAAACAAAACUGCGAUAUCAAAAAGGAUAUCAAAUUUUGUAUAUUUCAUACAGCAAUUCAAUGUAGAAUGAAACGAUGCUUGACUCAUUAGUACAUAUAACGUUGAAUCAUGUGCAGGGGUCUUGGAUGUUAAGUUUUUGCUCAUUUUACGUGGCAAACAUCUUUAGUUAGCCAACAAUUAUCUUUAAAAUAUGCUACAAUAGCUAAACUAUAUCCUAUACAGUAUAUCCAUCUCAAUGAGUGAGAAUAUCGUGGAAAACCUUAUUUAAUUUGACUAAUUCAGAAAAACCUGUGUUGAUUCCCUACACACAACGAAAUAUUAAAAGAUUUUAUUUUUGAUGAUUAUGAGUUGCAGAAGGGUUGCACCGUUAAUUGAAUUUGAAUGGGGAAUGCAAUUUUAGCUGAAAUGCGGCUGAUUUUCCAAGGUUUUUUUUUUUUUUUUUUUUAACAUUCAAGUGCAGCAAAGAUUGGUGCUAGUGCCUCGGAAAGGGGUCGAGAUCUGUUUUCUACGUGUUUUUAUUCAGGGGACGAGACUUUGUAAACAAGAAGCCAUAAGUUAAAGAGUCCACACAGUGGCAAUAAAUAUAUUUGCGGUCAGAAUAGCAUGCGGUCGAAAACUUUUUAAACCAGCCUGCUUAACAGUUGUUCAUUCUAAGCAUUACAGUAGAACGACGGCGCCGCGCCCGGGCGGCAAUUUCAAAAUAAAAGCCUAACGUACCUCUGAUGUCCAAUGUAUUACUGUAUGAAGCUUUUAUUAAGAAUUUGGCCCCUUGAGCUCAUCUACGCCGUAUUAUCACCAUGCGCAGUUUUAACAAAUUGUCGUCGUUGAUUGCUGAGACUUGGACAGGAGGCCGACGUGGCUACAGUGACAAAUGCUGAGAGGCGAUGGGGAGGGGCACAACUCGCCACUUUUUUGCAGUCUGGCCAAGCAGGACGGUGGAGUUGUACCGUACAUUUCAUGGGGAUUUUUCAAAUGAAAAGUUGCUGCUUGCAGCCCAAGGUUAUUUUCAUUUUAUUUUAUUUUAUUUUUUUUUUUUAAUGCACAAAUGACAUUAUCUUACAUUAAAUUACAAUUCGUGAUUGCACUCUGUAAUAAUAUAUUUAUUCAUUUACCCCUUAGUAAAAUAAUCUCGGGUACAUGUUUAAAAAAAAAAAAAAGAUCUAUUCUUAUUUAAAGUUUCAUUUUGUACUGAAACAUCUUUACAUAGUUUGUUGAAAAGUAAGGAAAAAAAAAAGAUUUUUCCCUGACAUGAGGAUUAAUCGCAAUUAAUAAUUGCAAUUCCAGUAUUGGUCAAAAUAAAUUAUUUUUGCCAUAAUCGUGCAGCCCUAGCUUGCAACUAACAACAACAUCAAAUAACCAUCUCUGGAAAUGAGAAUAUUACAAUAUAAACAAUCACAUUUAUUAAAUAUAGAAUUAGGUAGAGUUGGCCUUUUGAAAAUUAUUUUCUUAACAGCCUUGGAAUUUUUCUGCAGUAUUGUAAUUUAUUAACAAGCACCUGCAAUUUCACUUCAAAUGACGUGCCGGCGUUUAAGAACAAAUCUAAUGUGAUUUUUUUUUUUUUUUGUGUGUCCUGCAUCUUCAUCGUUAUCAGACGCACUUAAUAAUAAUUCUCCAAACAUUUCAUAAAGAUACUGAUGGAAAUAUUUUGUAUUCAAGAUAAGAAUCUUACGGCACUUCGUCGACUGUCGUCGUCUAGUUCGUCUGUAGCAAUGCGGGAGAAAGCCAAAACGAACUCAAGUGAAGUGCCACUUAAAAUGGGCAACAGUUAGACAUCCACGUGUCCUUUAGUUAAAGAGGAACGUCGUUUUUUGAAAUUGUCAAGUAUUCACUUGUAUUUUGGGAGAACAUAAUGUGAAAUUUAACACUAUGCAGAAUGAAUCUUUGAUGUUACAAAAAGGAAAAAAACACUUUGUAUUGCAAAAUGAUCAUUUUUGUCAAGGGUUUCAGGUAUUAGUACUGAAUGUUCCUCUUUAAGUAAACCCCCCCCCCAAAAAAAAUAUUCAUUGAUAUGAAUGCAGCCAGUCAAGAAAUUAUUCUGAACAAUUUCCUGAAGAUUUCUUAAUUAAAGCACUUUUUUGACGCGGGAUUUAAAAGGGUAUGUAGACAGUUUAAGCUGCUUUGUAGUUUUUUUUUUUUUUGGUUGUCAUUUUUAAACUAGUCAUACUUUUUAUAAACAUACCUAUAAGUAUAUAUAAGCUAAUGCUUUGUGUACUGUGAAACAUAAAUGGAAUAUUUCAUGUUUCCUGUCGUUAAAUCCUGGCAUGAUUCUGCAUAUUAAGAUUUAAUAAGAAAAUGAAUUGAGUAUUUAAUAGUUUCUACUUUCAUAGAAUUACAAAUACACACACACACAAAAAAAAUCAAUCAAUUAAGUACAAAUUUAAGAAUUUAAGAUGAAUUUUAGGCAUAACCAGCAGCUGUAAUAUGUAUAAAGGUGCACACGAUACACGUGUUUCAAUCAGUUAGAUUUGGUUUUUGUAAAGAUUUAUAUGGAGGAGCAUGUAUUGUCUUUUUUUUGUUGUUUUUGUGUAUGUGUAGGAAACUAGCCUCUAGAACAUAUCGGCCUCCAGCUCUAAAGUGCCUUAACCUCAAAUAGUCAAAGCGAAAAAGCUCAUUUUUUGGUAAAAGUAUGUCAAUGAAAUUGACUUUAAACAUCUUGACCGCGUGUAUAUUCGGCCUAGUUGCAUGAUUAUUAUUAUGAAUGAUUACUACUAUUAUUUGAACAUUGCCAGUGCCUGCGUCCUUGUCGUGGGCCGAGUCGCUCUUUUUUUUUUUUUUUUUUUUUUUUUUUUUUUUAAGAUUUGGUCUUUUCUUUUCUGGUUGUAUGCAAACAAAGGGCACAUGCAUUUGUACAGAAAAAAAGCUCGAAAGAAAUACCGUAAUUCCCGGCCCACCGAGCGCACCUGGGGAUAAGCCUCGGUACGCAGAAAGAGUUUAACGCUAGCGCGGCGAGGCUAACGCUAACACGGCGGUGCUAACGCCAACGCGACGCUGUUAAAGCUAACGUGGCGGUGCUAACAGUAACGCGGCGGUGGUAAUGCUAACACGUGGGUGCUAGUGCGGUGGUGCUAACGUGGCGGCGCUAACGCUAACUAGAGCGGCGGCUGUGAAUAUAGUCGCGGCUUGUAGGCCGGGGAAUUACGGUAAUUCCGAGGUAAACUUAACCGAAUCCGUCUGAAAUGACCUUUUACUGUGUUAGCGAAUCUUCUCUCUCCGCUCCGUUUAUCUCAACUUUAAAAAUGAAUACCAAGUGUCGGCAGGUAGAGUUGAAGUUUUAACAUUCCCCAAAAUUUGUACUGUACGUUCGCCGAUCGCUGCACGCGGCUGCUACAAUUCGGCGAAAGCGCGACGUUCACCUGGACCAGCCGAGCUGUUAAAGCAGGUUACAAAACAUUCGGACCGAUUUUUUGAAAUAACCCCACGCGUGAUGAUAAAAAAAAAAAUCUGUUUGCUUUCCGCUAUUCCAGUCAGUGGCGUCCUCGAGGAAAACUUUUCCGCUUUCAAACUCAAUCCUCGUCAUUUUUAUUCCGGGGGAAUGACUUGGGGGAGUAACGCAAACACUCGACGCGGCCCUGACCGCUCCCGACCAAAUCCGGAAAGCGCUUUUAACGCACCCCACACCGCAGGAUAAUUUGCUCAGGUUUAAUCUUUGAGACACACCUUUGGAUAAUUGGCCCUUUUCGUCCCAGUCGUCGGUACGUUUCAACCUCUGAAUCACAAAAUUAAAAACCAAACUAUUUAAAAUCUAAAAACUGAUCCUGCCUUCCAGAAAACUGGGAAGUCGGUUCAAAUGACCUUGCCUUCACCACGAUGGGGAAACUGGUGCGGGAUUUAUUGUUCCUAAAUAUCACAACUGAAGAACACUUCUAUAAACCUCUGUGAGUUUCAAAUAAUCACAUAAUUCCAAGGAAAUAAUGUCUUGCAGCUAGUAAGAGAAACUCCACACAGGCGGGUCCGGGAUUGAACCUGAGACCUUAGAACUGUGAGGCCAACGCUUUACCAGCUAUGACUAUAAAACAGGUGGAUCAGAGGUCCCGGGUUCAAUCCUGGACACACCUGUGUGGAGUUUUCCCGUGCCUGAGUGGAUUUUCUCCAGGCACUCCGGUUUCCUCCAACAUCCCAAAAACAUGCAACAUUAAUUGGACACUCUAAAUUGCCCCUAGGUGAGAUUGUGAGUGCGGCUGUUUGUCUGUGUGCCCUGUGAUUGGCUGGCAACCAGUUCAGGGUGUACCCCGCCGACUGGCUGUUGACAGCUGGGAUAGGCUCCGGCGCUCCCCAUGACCCUCAUGGGAAUAAGUGGCUAAGAAAAUGGAUGGAUGGAUGGAUGGAUGGAUGGAUGGAAGGUCGUUUGUGUAACCAACAAAACUCAAUGCAGCUCUGCUUAUCUUUUGGCUUUAAUACGGCUUUCAACCCACUUUGGGUCCCGUCAUUCUGUGAAUCAGCGCAGAAGGGCUCACUCUCUCGCGAAAUAGGCAGCUCACAUAUUUACUUGGUUGUAUAAUUUCACACUUUAUAGUGUAUAACUUGAAGUUAUUCUGGGUUGAGCAAAAAUAUUCAGCAUUUUGUCCCAAGACCGAUGACUGUCAAGUUAUUGCUUGACAAACAAGACAAAGGCGAGCUUGCGUUAGUUGUUGGCCUUUCAUUAUUAUUUUUUAAUUCAGCACCUAGACUUUAAACCCAACUUAAGCAGUAUCUUUCCGACUUCCGAGCAGUCUUGAACGCAGCGCUUAACUUAAACACCCUUUUUUUUUUUAAAGUCAAGGGACAAGCGAGGUUUUCAUAAGAAUAAAUGACAGCACAGCAAGCUACAGCUACUCAAUUUUUUUAUACGGUUUGUAUUUUUACAUGCGACACAAAAAAGCAGUCCGAAAGCUUCCGCUGUUGCUUGAUAUGAAAAUGGAAAAAAAUAAUUUGCUGUAUUUGUGUCACACUGCAUUUCAGUUGACACCUUUGAUGUAGUUAAAAAAGUUAUUAAUUAAUAACCGCGAGAAAAUAAUUUGUGUAAUUACAUUUCUGUAACUGCCCAUAGAAUUGAUGUCACAGACCUGUACUCCACUAAAUUGUCAAAAUGUUUUUGUGUAUUUUUUUUUUUAAGUGUUUCAUUUGACAAGGUCCUUUGGUCUUGAUCAUUUUUUCUGUAAAACGAACAAAAAAAUAACCGAAACCAAUGAUGCAAAGUUUAGAUUAAUAAACCAAAGUGAUAUUUCCAGUCAUUGUCCGAAUAUUAAAAAAAAAAAAAAAAGUCCCUUUUGAAAAUCGCCGGGAAGGACAAAACGAAUGCUUUCCAGGGCUUGGAAUUCCGUUUUUGGCGGCUGCCGGUUAUUUCACUUAGUGGCUAAAUAACAGCGCUAUGCUAAUGUCUUUUUUUCCAAAUCUUAUUUUAAUUUUUAUUUUUUGCUUCUCACUUCAACGCACUUGAGCCUGUGUUUGUUGCAGUUUUACCAAAGACCUGUACAUGUUGCUUUUUAAUUUUGAAGUUUUUCUUUCAGUAACAAACGGGAGUUACUACAAUCUAAAAAAAAAAAUAAUAAUAAUCACCUACUACCUUAAAUAGUUAAUUAGCAGUAAUAAAUAGUCUUUCUCUGACGCUAGAAAAAAAAUGCGGACAAAUCCCGACUUAGUUUUUAUUUUCCGGCCAAUUUAAGAACAGUGAAGGAGCAAGUUUUGGUUACUCUCAAUACAUUACAAUAUCUAUGUAUGCAGCAGCAUUUAUGUACUCUUUAUAAUACUGUACAGUACUUUUAAUUCAGCAUCUAGGAAGUGAGGUUUUCUGGGCGAUACAGAUGUGAUGAGUUCAUCCCAACAAAAACAAAAAGUCCACUUUGCAAGCACAGCAAUUAGUACGACUUUUUGUGCCUUUUUUGCGAUUGGAUUCGUGUUCUCGCAAAAGAUUAAAUUGUCAAAUUCCUAAAAUUCCCAAAAUCGAGUGCCUUAAGUGGACGACGACGUUCCGUCAUCUUUUAUUUGGGCCAAUUGCGCUAAACGGUUUUAAAGUGAUGGAUGGAUAGUGGACCCUUUCUCCGUUAACACGAAAACCGCUCCUGCAAAACGGAGCGCACUUCUCUGCCGCGACCAACAGAGGCACUGCUGAGUCUCGUUUUAAUAACAACAACAACAAUGUGACGUCACCAUUUGGAUCAUUCUGAGUCAAAUUGGCACGGAAGGAUUUUUCACCACCCAGCUUCGUUUACGUUUUGCUAACACCAGGAUGUGGUCAGACCUCAACGGGGAAAGGGUCCGUUUUUUUUCCUCCUCAGUCUGUAUUUUCCGUUCCACUCACGGCAAGAACUUCAAAACAGCAAUAGUCAGCCAUUCGACGAAUCCGGCACAAAAAAGUAACCAAAAUAUGAAGAAUCUUGUAAAGGAACCGUACACGGCAUACUUUUCAAUCUGUUUUGCAUUGUAGUCUUUGUGUUUGUUGUCUUUGUAAUUUUUUUUUAAUACUAUGAACAUGCGAGCCUGAAGGUAUAUGCAAUCUUGUACACGUGUUAACGAUGUCGAGCGUGAUGUUGGAAUCGAAAAUGACUUGACGAGUGCGAUCGUUUCGAGAAAGUACAAAAAGAAUCUGAAUCUGGAACCGGCUGUUCCAUGUACUGUAGAAAUGUUGUUAUUAUUAUUAUGAUUAAUUGUUUGAAGCCCUGAAAUAUUGAAUGUAUUGUUCUAAAUUAGAUAUUCAAUGAAGAGGUCACUGGAAUAUUAAUACUACAGAGCACAGUUCAUUCAUUUUGAUGUAGCAUCGAGUUGUAAACUGCUAUUCAAUAAAAACAAAUGUAUUAGGACUAAAGACGUUGUUUUGUUUUUUUCCAGGUUAAUGCAUUCAUUGAAUGAAAACUGGAUUUGAUGGGUUUUAUCUUGUCAGUUUUUUUUAUUUUUCACAAUAUGUAGGAAUUCAAGCUGAUAAUCACACGAAUCAUCCUGUCGGUAUGUCGAGUCUGUCUUGUGCGCACAAACAUACCGAAUAGGUCUCAAGUCUUAGUACUACCAGAUUUUUUUUUCCCUGUUAUUUUUGUUUCCUACAUUAAAGAUUGUGUACUGCAUAUUUUCUGUAGUGUAUGACUAGUUAACACUUGUUAAAUUGUUACACUGCAGUGUUGUAAUGGUUUACAGAGUUCACAAGAUUAUUUUUUAUCAUUCUUGACAAUUAAACUAAUUUUUCAUCUGC